UAUCUUCUGACUGUAUCGAUCUCUGGCGUAUGCCAAAUUGUCUGUGGACACGUCACGGUAACUGAAUCACCGUGGAUGCUGCACUGCUGGAGACGUUCCGAUAAUAGCAUCUUGUUGCCACAAUACAAACGAUUGAUAGGUAUCGUAAGACAUCCUUGGCUGCCGCGCAGUCGUAACCUUGUCCGCGCUGCUCUUUCUGCCGAUUUCUUAUUUGUCGACUUAUAGUUUCAGGUCUCAAAGAUGACUCCCACUCUCGAUCCGGCUCGCAUUCGCACUCUCACUCAGGCUGAGAUAAAGGCGGAGUUGCAGGUCUUCAGUACCGAAGGAACAAUCGUGUCGGUUACACAGCAACUUCUCGAUUUGAUUGAGCGAGGUUCCCUCUCGGCUUCUACAUUUAGAAUUUGGCUCGCCGUAUCCAGCUCGCCCGUUGUCCUCCGGCAGUCGUUGGAACAAAACAUAUCAGUUGGCGUCAGACUCUUGGGGAUCAAGCUUCUCCACAAAAAGCUUGGUUCGCCACGUUGGAGAGAGUUCUGGGAUGGCCUGGGCGGCACAGCAGGAUUACUGGACAUCCUCAGCAACCUGUCCGUGAGGGAAGUGCAGGGAACAUGUCAAGCUAUCGGGCGUAUGGUGAGAAGCGGAGAGUUGGACGCUAAGCGUCAGAGGGGCACGGAGCUUUUCAAAAGCCUGCAUCCUACGUUUUUCCCGGAUAUGCGACACAAAACGACGGACUUGCGACAAUUAACGAAGUACUAUCAGCUUCUCGUACCGAGCUGCUCACAGGAUCUUGUCAACGAACUCAUAUCUGGAGAGAAUGUGGGAAGAUGGCGACAUAUCAAUAACAAAAAUUUGCUUCAAUACCACUCGGAAUGCGUCGGGAGACAUGGGAUGCAAUCAGUCUCCGCUGGCUCUUCGGUAAAUGGGAAGACCAGCGCGAACUUAGAGGCGUUAUCUAGGCACUUUCCAUCUCAAGCGACCCCAGAACCCGGAAUAUCGGCCUCCAUGGCGUUUUCUCUAGACCUGUUGCGUGAGCUAGUCCAAACGGGCACUCGAAUUGUAGACGUUGAGUGGGCCGUUGAUGUGCUCAUCCGACCACUACUCAAGCGCGCCGUCCGAAAGAAAGUCAGCUCGCCAAGAAUACAGGAGAUCGUUGACCUUGUCCUGCAGUACCUGGAGCGACAUCCCGGCGCUGCAAAACGUCUCACCAACAACAGAGAUGAUGUACUCCACCUGAUCGCUUCAUGCUGGUCCCGCAGGUCGGUGAAGUUUGAGAGACAGCUCAAGUAUGUACUUCACCUAGUCUUCGACGACAUGACCCAAAUAUCCGCAUUCGAGGACCUCAUGAUCGGAAUUCCGAAGUCACGACGAUACGCACUCUUGCGCCUGUGCGUCCAAGAAAUCAUGGGGAUAGACCUAGAUGCCGAGACGGGCUUAGGAAAGCUCCGAGGUCCUCUCACUUCCGAUUUACUUGAGUGUAUCGAGUCAUCACAAGCCUUGGACCUGUUUACACGUCUACGACAGGCUAGAGGCGACGAAGGCCUCAUCCAACCGGGUGAAUACAGCUCUGUCUUGGGAGUUACACGAACGCACCAUAUGUACGAGGGGGACCCUGAUCUCUAUUACCUUGUGCUCCUUCGGAAAAAUGGUCUCAGAGAAGAUGCAAAGUCGUUCGCUGUAAAACUCCUGGAAACUCGAAAGAAAAGAGCCACGUCGACUUCAGAUAGAGAGAAGCGUUCAGAAUACGCUGUAUCGGCUUGGGCAUGCGCAAAUGCCAGCGGAUCGUUGAGCCUGCUCUCAGAUACCCUCCAAUGGACGAAACGGUUUAUUCGUGACCAGUUCACGGCACGCAACCUUUACGCAACACAUUUUGAUGAGACAUAUACGUUACUGUCUGGCUUCUUCUAUCCCUCUGACAACAUGAGCUUCCCCGAACUUCGUCAACGAAUCGAGCGCGCGAAUACAAUCAUGGCGGAUUUGUUUGAUGUUGCAUGCUCAGCCUUGCACGAGCCGUCCUUUUCCGUGCAUGACUGGCGCGGCACUAUUGAACUCUUCCAACACGUGGUAAAAGAACGCUUGAACCUGUCAGAAGAUCUUCGACAAGCAAUAAAGGCCUCGGACGACGAGAUGUACACAGUCUUUUGGGAGCACACGGUUGUAACCCUUGUCGCAGUCGAGGAGAAAGCUAACCAAGAAGGUCAUGAGCGUCUAGGGGCCAAUCUUCUUUCUGGGAUCCUAGGUCGUGGAAUGGAUAUUGGAAUCACGUUCAAAAACCAAGAUGUAUCAACAAUAACAUUUCUGGACAACCUUGCGAGGGCCAGGGACAGACUGUGGCAGAAAAUACGACUGUCUAGGUAUCCCGCAGUGCUUACACUACCGGCGGCAUUCCCACGCGGCCUGCCGGUACAACACCUCGUUGCACCUUGGUUCCCCGAUAUUCGUAAUUUGCAACAGCACGCGCCGUAUAUUUUCUCUCGUGUUAUGACCUCUCUUUUCAUUGAACCAAAGGCGGCGCUCGAUCUCGCACCUACAAACAAAGAAGCCGUGGACGCUAUCGGUGCGUUUGUAGAUAGCUACCAAUUCGCCUUGAGGGUGUACAUUCCUGAAGCCUAUGAACCACAAGAGAAAACGAUGCGAUUGACACAAGUUUGGAACCACGCCAUCGGACCGCUAAGCCAACCCAGGAUGAGUUCUGAUGAAGCCAUUAGGGUUUGGAAAACCUACCUCCCACAGUAUCUUAUGGAACUCCUACCCAAUAUCCUGCCCGAAGAAGCGAAACAUGUUUGGCCACUGAUACCAAAGACGAAAAACCCAGCGAAGACCCGAGAAUGGAAUCCACUUGCGAACGGUCGGCCUGAAAUCAAAGCACGCAGUCUCGGCGAUCCGACGUAUAUCGACAUCUCCACGUUGGGCCUCUACAACGCAGUCGAUCGUGCUAAGAUCCAUGAUAGUUAUCCUCUACCUGCUCCACAAGUUCCCGCUCAAGGAGAAGUUUUGAUCUGGCAGACAGCAGACAUCGAUACUGAUGGCGGAGUGCUUGCUGCUCUGCUAUAUCUGGAUACGAAGCAGACCUCUGGAGAGCGCCUGCUGUGUUCGCCGUUCCCAUCUCAUGCUGAUGCCAGAUAUCCAUGUCUCUAUCUCGACGAAGAAUUCCUGUCGCGGGAAGAUCUUUCACCAUUGGGUGCAGCACGAUAUCUGAAUAACCACGUGGGCUUCGCGCCACCUCCCCUGCUGUAUAAGCUUACUGAAAAAUUACUGAAAACUUUGGAUCCAGGGCAUGAUUCGAUUGUUCUAGAGCAAGUCAUCUGCCAGCUUAUUCAGGCUUUGGGCAGAAGCGAUAGGCCAAGUCUUGCGUCCAUACUUGCCAUUCAGGUCAUCAUUGAGCAACCCAGCGCCAGCUCCUGGAACCGCAUAUUGUUGAAUAGAGGCUUUUUCCAGCGUCUGUCCACUUCCAGUGCGAAAGAUUGCGUCGAUUGUUUCGCUGGAGCAGUCGUGGCGAAAUUGGACGCACAGGCCAAAGCGAAAGAAGACUGGCAAGUCAGGGUGACCCUCGAUGCUGCCACAGGAACCGAUCCGGGCAACACUCAACCUUCAACGCAGUCCUUUGUCAAAAUUACGACUGUGAAGUUGCUGAUUCAACUCCUGCACGGAACAAGUUUCAUUGGCGACGACUCCUCACUCAACAUACUUUCUGUACUCUCCGAGAAGGUCUCGCAUAUUGAUGUUCGUAUUAGCAUUUUGAAAAGUCUUUUGAGCAUGCUUCAACCUGGUCCGCUCGAGACAUGCGAACGCGUGUUUACGGCUCUUCAGCCUCUCCUGCCGCUGGUAGGUAGCUUGAAUGAGCGCGAACCCUUGACAGAAAGGGACUGGGUAAACGCUGAAGACACCCUUUCACUUCCUGACGUUCAACCCACCAACAACAUCCUGUGGAGUAGUGAGUCCUCCAUGUUGGCUGCGCUCAUUGUUCACUAUCGCCAUCAGCCUGAAGAUAUGAAACUGCGUGGACUGUUUUCCAAACGUAUCGUAGUCCCUUUACUUGACGCGUUGAAGCAACAGACUACAAGAUGGGCAACACUGUUCCUACGAAAAUACGCAAUGAAUGAUCUUGAGAUCCAGGGCAUUCGACUCCCAACCAUUCCACGAGGCGGUUCCAUGUUCAAGCUGAUUCUCUCAGACGUAGGCUUACAAGCAAGCUAUCUGCCCCGUGCGUUGCUUGAUGAGUACGCAGCGUACAUAACAUUCAACAUAUCCCCGCCCGACCCAAUUCGAGCUUUGAACAAGAGACUCCGGGACGAUCCUGUCUUGAAAUCGCAACCAGAGGUUCAGACAUGGCUGGACCUAUACGGGAAUGGGCUUAACGUCUGGACGGACAGUUUGGAUUUUGACACAAUUUCUGACUUGGCAACUGAGGACCAGGCUGACAAUGAUGAUAUCAUUACUCCCAAGGCUUUUCAGGAGAGCUUCCUCAUAGUCUUUGCCGCUAUGCUGUGGAACGACAGCCCAACGUACUCCAAUCUUCAUUUCUUCACCGGCCAGAUAUGUCAAACCAAGAACCUAUCCAAAUCGUGGUGGACUGAGUAUGGCCGUACUACAGUCGAAGCUAUGCUUGUACGUGUUUGUAGCAUUCGCACACAAAAUUGGGAGCGCGAUCCCAGCCGUCGGCCUGCCGUCCUGCCUGAUACAUACCCGUGGCGGCUGUUACUACUCGCCUACCCGUUUCUCGACCCGGAAGAUACUGCUGAGGUUCGAGAAGAGAAGUGGAGAACGUUUGCGCAGCAACUGGCGAUCAUCAUAGAUGAGAAAGGUGGCGCGCCAUAUCACAUUAGGCUGGCCCAUAUCAAAGACUACCUCCAUGGUCUGGACUCGAAUGGAGUGUACCAAACCACGAUGCUUACGACACUUGUGUAUCUAAGCGACAGAUCAAAGGAGAUGUCAUCACAACUACCAAAUUCAGAAAUGCUCCAAGUAGAUUUGGCUAAGAGUAUCAUGGAGAGAGUGCACACGUUGGAAGAUGAUAGUUUGAAAGUGCGUUUACGGGUUCUAGUGUCCAGCUGGAUAGCCAGUGAGAACGAGUAUGUACGACGAGUAGGAUUUGAAUUGCAGGAGCAAUAUUUCCAAGGCGACAUCGGCUGAACUACAAGUUGUGGACAGAUCCUUGGUCUCUUGACAUAUCUCGAAUGGCUGAAAUCUUUGAUGGCCCAAAAAUGGUCGGAAGCAAGAAGAGAAAUGGUUAUCAAUUACUCAUUGCAUCUUUAAAGUUUGUUUUCUGCUAGAGCAGCGGCCCUAUAGAUUAGUGCACAAAAAUAUUGUCAAAAUGCGUAACUUGUGACAGCGAGUAACAAACUACAGCAGGAAGAAAAGAAAACAAAGUCGAGAACGAAAAUGGGUUCACAAAAAAGACUGGUCUCAUAACAAAUGGGUGGGAUCUCUUAGUUGAUCACUUACAAUCAAUACUUAUAAAAACUUAAUAUACGGUGUAAGCCCC